AACAUUAAUAGUAUUUUACUCUUUGUACCAAACUAGAAGAAAAACUUCAACAUUUUCCGGAAAUCUUAUUUUGAAAGGCGUGACAGGAAACGCUUCUAUCGCAUCCCGGCUAACGUGACACGGGUCUGACGAUCCACACAGAGCAGACACCGGCGGCCACUGGUGCUCACGGCACGGGCAGAGGAGUCGAGUGCAGCGGGACCGGAGAGCUUCACCUGCCGGCGUCAGGUGGAGGCUCCGCGGGGACAAAGAAGACUUUUAUCGGGGUUCUUUUUCCCCCUUCACUUCUCACCGGUGUUUCACGGAGCUGCCGCGCGUGUUUUCACCGAGGUUCUACCGGAGGAGCAGCGCGAGGACAACACGGUGAUUACGUGCAGGUGUGUGUGUGUGUGUGUGUGUGAACGUGUGAUAGACGGAGGAGCAGCUUCAAUAAACCUCCUUUUAUCACCGUGAAGCAGGAGGAGCAGGAGGAGAAACCUCCGCAUGUUUCGCCUCAGUGGACUGUGAGGCAAGUAGGAGACCCAGGAGGAGGAGGAGGAGCAGUAGUAGCAGCAGCAGCAGCAGCAGGAGGAGCAGCAGGAGGAUUUAUGGGAGAUUCGCUGGAUUUGUUUCAUCUUCGCCGCGACGCUGUAACUUGUGUCCGGGAUGGGGAAAGAGCACGAGCUGCUGGAAGCUGCCCGGACCGGGAAUGUCGUCCUGGUGGACAAACUGCUGAGUGGGAAGAAGGGGAUUCUCGGGUCCGGGUCCGGGUCCAUCCCUCUGACCAACCUGCUGAGCAUGUGGAAAGGCCUGAACGUGAACUGCACGGACAGCUCAGGAUACACGCCGCUGCAUCACGCCUCACUCAACGGACACAGAGACGUGGUUCUGAAGCUGCUUGAGUUUGAAGCGUCCACAAACGUCGCAGACAGCAAAGGUUGCUUCCCGCUGCACUUGGCUGCAUGGAAGGGAGACGUGGACAUCGUCCGUAUCCUCGUCCACCACGGACCGUCUCACUGCCGGGUCAACCAGCAGAACCACGAGAGGGAAACAGCGCUUCACUGCGCGGCCCAGUACGGACACUCAGAGGUGGUUUCAGUGCUGCUGCAGGAGCUGACCGACCCCAGCAUGAGGAACAGUCAGCAGGAGACGCCUCUGGACCUGGCAGCGCUGUACGGACGCCUGCAGGUGGUGCGCAUGCUGGUGAGCGCUCACCCUAACCUGAUGAGCAGUCACACUCGCAGACACACUCCCGUUCACCUGGCUGCACGGAACGGACACCACAGCACCGUGCAGACUCUGCUGGAGGCCGGCAUGGACGUCAACUGUGUGACAGAACAUGGCAGUGCCCUCCAUGAGGCCGCUCUCUUUGGGAAGAUGGAUGUAGUUCGCCUUCUGUUGGACUCAGGGAUCGACACUAAUCUGACAGAUAGUAAAGGCAGAACAGCGCUGGAGAUCCUGAGAGAACAUCCUGCACCAAAGUCCCAACAGAUCACUGCUCUUAUUCAAGAAUAUAUGAUGGAUGAGAUGGAGAGGACAAAUAUCGUGGAGGAGCCCGUUCGCAGGUGUCCUGUCCCAGCACCUCGAACCUCUGUCCCCUCGCCCUCUGCCUCUCCGUCCCUCAGACACAAGAAUGAUGCCGUGACGAGCGAACUGUCCAAACUGCUCCACGAGAUCAAAAAGUGCCGGGACAGAGAUUACUCGUUCGAGGAGCUCUGUCACACCAUCUCCUCUCACUCCAUGGACAGCUGUGACGACGACCGGCCCGACAGACCCAACGGCGCGCUGACCCGAGGCGCCAAGCGGGUGAACCUGCCUGUCGCUGCUGCUGCUGCUGCUGCUGCUGCUGCUGCUGCUGCUGCUGCUGCUCUGGAGGAAGACGAGGCAGAGAAGAGUUGUGGCCCCUCUGGAUUCUGGGAGGCCCUGACGCCCUGCAACGGCUGCCGUAACCUGGGUUUCUCCAGCCCCUCACAGGUACACACUGAGGAGGAUGUGGAGCAGAAGAUCAUGUGGCUGAACCUUCACUGUGCUCUACCCUGCUGCAGAGGAAGAGCUCAGAUUGGCGGCUCAUUGAUCUUCUCCUGA